AUGAUGAGUAAAGUUGUACAAAUCUUUCUUGUGGCCAUAGUCAUGACAAUUUCUCUCGUCAAUGGUAAUCCGGCACCAGUAGCAUCUCCAGCCUAUGGAUAUAGAGGCUAUAGAGGCUACUGGCGCGGUUAUCCUAUUUCCGGCGGUAGCUAUGGAGGCUUUGGCAAUUAUGUUGGAUAUAGAGGAUAUGGCAAUUACGGAGGAUAUCGUGGUGGAUAUUACGGAGGAUAUCUUGGUGGAUAUUACGGAGGAUAUCGUAGUGGAUAUUACGGAGGAUAAUGUGGUGGAUAUUACGAUUAAAUAUCUUUACGGAGCAACCUACCUAUGCCUUCUAUUUCCAAGUUAUUAAUAAAAGAGUAUUUUUGAAAAUAUACCUAUGUGUUUUUGUUAAGUAUACAUACCUAUGUGCCAUAUUUUUUGUAGCUACACUACAGGAUCUCUAUUAAAUAGGUUGGUACACCUAAAAUACACAAAAAAAAAACAAUAUAAGAAAAAUGCCCAUUAGACAUACAAGUAGGUAACUAUCUACAAAAUACAAGUAAAAAUCUUAAGAAGAUAGCAGCACAUUACUCUGGUUCACCCAAUUACAUCAAGAUGGUAAAUCCAAUAGUAGAUUAAUUCAUCUUUAGCCUGAAUGUAAUCCUUCAGCCCAUCUUUACAACGCUGAACUGAAGAAAGGCCCUUGAUAUCAUUUGGAAGACUGUUAAAUUCCUAAAAGCCCUUAAAAAUAAUGAGUUCAUUGUUCUCUUGAAAUUCAUUCUUGGAAUAAAGAGAUGAUCAUUAUUCCUUGUAGGGUAAUCAUGGAUAAGCC